CGUUUUAUCUUGAAACUAUCCUGGGAGUUGCCCUGUUGUUGAGGCAGGAGCAGCAUUAGUCAGGGAAGGCUGCAGGCCUUGUACAACUUCAACUAUAAUUCCAUCGCAUUGAGCCAAGGCAGUGAGGCCUGUAUUAAUGCUCCAGUGUAGUUGCCUUUCUUUCUUUCCCAUGUUAUUGCGAACUGAGACAUACAAUAAUAGAGUUGGAAGAGACCACACAGACAAUUCUUGUCCAAUCUCUUGCCAUGCAGGAAAAUCACAAAGUAUCCCGGACAGAUGGCCAUCCAGCCUCUGUUUAAAAGUUUCCAAGGAGGGAGUUUCCACCACACUCUGAGGCAGAGAGUUCCACUGCUGAACAGCUUGUACAGCCAGGAAAUUGUUCCUAAUGUUUAUUAUUAUUUAUUUAUUUACAACGUUUCUACCCCACCCUUCUCACCCGAGGGGAUUCAGGGCAGCUUACAGCAACCGGCAAAAUUCAAUCCCAAACAGAUCAAUAAAAACAGCAACACAUCUAAAACCAUUAACAAUAAUCCAUAAAAUACAUUAAUCAAGCUUAAAACAUAUAGUUAAUGUUCAAGUGGAAUCUCCUUGCCUGAAUCCAUGCAAAAGAUCACCAAAAACCCACACCUCCAAACAUAGCCAUACAGGUUGCAUAUUCCUCAUCCUAAAUGUUUGGUUGAUGAUGGCUGAAAGUAAGGUGGAGCUGAAGAGCAUUAUAACCAAGGUGAAAAAAGAAAGUGCAAAAGCUGGGUUGCAGUUAAACAUCAAGAAAACCAAGAUGAUGGCAACCAGGCUGACUGAUAACGGCCAAAGAGAGGGAAAAUUUGGAGGCAGUGACAGAUUGCCUAGGUGCAAAGAUUACUGCAGACUGCAUCCAGGAAAUCAGAAGAUGUUAACUUCUUUGGAGGAGAGCAAUGACCAGUCUCGAUCCCGUAGUAAACUAUGGGUGCGAGAGCUGGGCCAUAAGGAAGGCUGAAUGAAGGAAGAUAGAUUCUUUUGAACUGUGGUGUUGGAGGAAAAUUCUGAGAGUGCCUUGGACAGCAAGAAGAUCCAACCAGUCCAUCCUCCAGGAAAUAAUGCCCGGCUGCUCACUGGAGGGAAUGAUAUUAGAGGCAAAGCUGAAGUACUUUGGCCAUAUAAUGGGAAGACAGGAAAGCUUGGAGAAGAGAAUGAUGCUGGGGAUGCCCAUGGUACCAAUAAGAUCAGAUUUUACAGAAGCACAGUUACAUGCCUUUGGCCUGUCUCCAUAUCCAGUCAUCCUUGAAAGCAUCACACAUUGAGUCUCCGUGUUCUCUUCAACACCUGAGAUACAGAUUGACAAGUACCAAUUCUGCUGAACAAAGUGAAGCAAGCUUCCCCCUUGGUAGCCCUAAAGCAGAUAGCAGUGAAGCUAUCACUUCUUCCCCUGUGGUUCACAAGAAAUCAGCUGAUGUGGACUACUUGAAGCUAGGGAAGGUGACUCAUUCAUUCCUGGACAUGGGGUUCAGUCCUUCUCAGAUAACAGACUUGUUCAGCUUGCAGCCCAGACUGCCACCUCAAAUCAGAUUGUCUGUAGUUUCGGAGCUUCUCCUCCUGGGUUUAAACACUGACUCUUUAUUGAAGGCCCUGCAGAAAAAACCUGAAUUGUUGAAAAUGCCAGCAAAUCGCCUGAGGGACCGUGCAGAUCUUUUGAGGAAACUUGGCAUUCAGGAAGAGGGGUUGAACCAUGUGGCAGUCCAUUUUCCAAGUAUCUUCACAUUGCCGCAAAAAAAGAUUGAAGCUCUAGAACAUCUCCUCAGAGAAAAAUGCCUCUUCACAGUGGAACAAGUAUCAAAAAUUUUACAGACGUGUCCAGAUAUGCUGCUAGAGGAACUAAGUGACGUGGAAUACAAAUUCCAGUUUGCAUAUUUUAGGAUGGGAGUUAAACAAAGAGAAAUACUGAAUUCUGGUUUCUUCCAAGCAUCACUAACUGAAAUAAAGAACCGAGUCAUCUUCUUGGAGCGCUUGGGACUUUAUCAAACUCCUGACAAGAAAGGACAAACUCUGAUUGUCAAUCCCAAACUGAAAGGCAUAAUCAGAGCUUCUGAAAAUGACUUUGUGACUAGAAUAGCAUGUUCUACAAUGGAAGAAUAUGAGAUAUUUAAGAAAUUACUAGUGCGUGAAGAAGAGCAGAAUUGGGAAAAGGAAGAAGCAAUGAAAAUUGAACUGUUGGAUUUGGAAAAUGACGAUGAAGCGUCUGAUACAGAAUAAGGACAUGAAAUAAAAUCUUACAUGCCUUGUACUAGUGAAAUCUGUUUGAAUAUCUUACUAUUUUUGUGGAUCGAAUGCAUGAAACUUGGACAUAAGAAAUGGAAGGUAGUCAUUCCACAGAAGAUUUAAUUUUGAAGUUAAGCCUGGUUACAGUCAACUAAGUAGCUACACAAAAGUAAUAUAACCAGGAAAGUUCGACUGCUCUAAUUUCCAUAUAAUCCCCCCCCAAAUGUUACAAAAUUCUUAAGAAAAACCAAAAGUAAAAUGUGAUUCAGUUUCCAAUAUUCAUAACUUGAUUCUGGAUAAGCAUGCUGACCUGGCAUGAAUCUGAGACCUGGUUGGAUGAGGCUGAAGGGACAAUGUGCUCCCCUUUGGCUACCAAAGUUCUCUGUUCAGCAGCAGGCGAGACCUAUGGGCUGGGGAAGCAAAAUUUCAGUAGUUUUUUGAAAAUUCCAUCUCCCUGACCAUUUGCCCCAUAUUGCAGUUUUCUGGGUUUGGGUAUGUUUGCCUGAAGCAGUGGCACAUUAGGGAUUCUAUUGGUGUUCCACUCUCCCUUCCUUAGCUAGCUAGGAUGAUCUCAGAGUUGGUGGCAGAAUCUUUCCAGCUUGUAUGUAGUGCUGGGGGAUUUCAACAUCCAUGCUGAGGCUGCUGUCAAGAGGGGCUCAGUACCUCAUGCCUGCUAAGUCAACAAUGGGUCUGUCCUAAGUGGCAUUUCAUAGAAUCAUAGUGGCUCUACUCAAGCUGCUUUGGACCUUGUUUCCUGUAGUGAAUGGGGUGAAUGUGAUCUGGAAGUGGUUACACUCUAGUUCUGCCUCUGCUGAUGCCACCCUGCAAAAUCUUACCUCUUGAACAUCCCAGCUAAAGCAUUUCUAAACUGCUGCAGAGUGGAGUAUUGAGAAAUAACUGCAGAUUUGCGUCACAGGUGCAUAGAGAGGCAGCUGGGCUUAUGAGGUAGUUUUGGGGGGUCGCAUUUGUUCAUCAAGGGCCAUAAACAUGAAUUCCAAAAGUUACAAGUUUGGCUUAUGUAAAUAUUGAAGGGGAUGCCAGCUGUUUAAUUAUAUUGUAACUAAGCAAGGAAUAAACAUUUCACUUUAUAUUUCAUAAUCUUUGCUUAGCCACUGAGUCUUCAGUAUAUGUCUUAAUACCAUGAUCAUUGCUACAAUAUAUUUGUAUUUCCUUUGUUUUUAUGAUGAUUGUUUUCACCAUUUUCUCUGUUGUUUCAGAGCAUGUGGAACUGGUUUUCUUUUUGGUGCGUUUCUGACGUUAGCUAUCACAUUCCACAACCCUCUGAAAUAUGUAUGACAUGUAUACAUCAGUUUAAGACACUGAACUUUUGAGCCAACUUCUGGAACCCAGUAAUUCUGAAAGAAAACAGGCUGGUUUUAAAUAAAUUGGAUUUUUAAUCUAAAAUGCAAGACAAAAUAACUUUGACAGAAUAAAAUCUUUCUUAGUUUA